AUGCCUGAUGUCCCACCCGAUCCUAAUACGUAUCCGAAAGAUGGCAUUACGAUCGACACUGCCGACAUAGAGCAAACAUUAAGAGGGGUGAACGUAUUAGAAAGACAACGGCUAAUGGAUCAGCUACCAAACUACAACGAUAGGCUUUUCUUCACCAAAUUUUUUAAAGCAUACAUUGCUUUGCCAGAGACAUGUGGACAGUUACUGAUGGACUGUGAGACAUCUCAAUCCGUCAAUUCGAAUGGAAACGCAACUCAGAGUAGAGACCAAACAGACUGUGGGAUUGAAUACGACCCAGAGUCAAACGACUUUUUAAAAUACGAAAGAGAAAUGGAACUGGAAAUGAUCCUACGGGAAAAAGUCGAAAAAAUAUUGAAGUCGGACGUUUUAAGAUCAGGUAAUAAGCUCUGUAGCUCAACUUCAGUGCAAGGAUCAACUUGUUCUAUCAAACCGAGAAGAAAAGACAUGGUUGAAUACGAUUAUGAGGGUAAUUCAUUUUUCCAGAAAUUAUGGAGGAAGUUAAGCAAGAAAAUUGGUGAAGGUGGUCCUUGCUACUACUACUCCCAAAAACGAAGGACCGCAAAUUAA